AUGAGAUACAUACGGCGCAUAGUUUCCGCCGCUAAAUCUACUGUAUUCUCGCCACUACCGAAGAAAAGUACCUUGCUUGAGCUGUAUGGUCAAGUUGUCAUGGCUUCAUCAAAGGCCUCCCUCUCCACAGAAGGGAAGGAGAGAAAGCCAAUGUCCUCGGCCUUAACAUUUGAUCUUGAGUCUAAAUGCUCUACCACAAAAGCCCGCGCGAGUACCCUCCACCUCCCCCACGGAUCAGUCAAACUACCGAUUUUCAUGCCAGUUGCAACCCAAGCAUCAUUAAAAGGCCUAACACCGGACCAACUUGCACAGACAGGGUGCAAACUUUGCUUGAACAAUACAUAUCAUCUGGGUCUUAAGCCAGGACAAGCUGUGCUGGAUGAGGUUGGGGGAGCGCAUAGGUUUCAAGGGUGGAAUGGUAACAUUUUGACCGAUAGUGGUGGGUUCCAGAUGGUCUCUCUCUUGAAGCUUGCACAAGUAACGGAGGAGGGUGUACGAUUCUUGAGCCCACACGAUGGAUCGCCAAUGUUACUCACGCCCGAGCACUCAAUUUCCCUACAGAACUCCAUAGGCUCCGACAUAAUUAUGCAAUUAGAUGAUGUCAUUGCUACGACGUCCCCAGACCACGCAAGGAUGCAGGAGGCAAUGGAAAGGUCAGUACGUUGGCUGGACCGGUGCAUAGAUGCACAUAAAUACCCUGAAAGGCAAAACCUUUUCUGUAUAAUCCAGGGAGGACUUGACCUGGAAAUGCGCCGUCAGUGCUGCGAGGAGAUGGUAGCACGGAACACACCUGGAAUCGCAAUUGGCGGUCUAUCUGGGGGAGAGGCGAAGGAUGAAUUUUGUAAAGUGGUCCACGCUUGCACUGAUAUGCUACCAACGAAUAAGCCUCGAUAUGUUAUGGGUGUGGGAUACCAAGAAGAUCUAGUAGUAGCUGUUGCUCUAGGCGCCGACAUGUUUGAUUGCGUUUUCCCGACUCGAACAGCGCGUUUUGGAAAUGCCUUGACACCAUAUGGUACUCUAGGCCUUCGCCGUGCCGGCUUCGCUCGUGAUUUUAGGCCAAUAGAUGAAAAUUGCAAAUGCAAAACUUGUCGGCCUAAAGAGCAAGGCGGUCUUGGUAUUACUAGAGCAUACCUGCACCACCUUGCGGCGAAAGAGACCGUUGGAGCACACUUUAUAACCAUGCAUAAUGUUCAUUACCUGCUUGCAUUGAUGGACUCAGCUAGACAAGCAAUUCUCGAAGAUAGAUACCCUCAAUUUUUAAAGGAAUUCUUUAGAAACCUUUACGGCGAGAAGUCAAAGAUACCACAGUGGGCGGUUACUGCACUUCGUGGAGUUGGAGUGGAUAUAAUGGAAUAG